AGAAGAAAAAACGUUUCGAUAUAAUUCUCUCAUACUCGAUCAUCAGUUUUCUCUUCUUCUCAAUCCAUCUGCAUCCAUGGCGUUGAAAACUUACGAUCGAAAGCUCUCCUUCGAGAUUCUCAGAAACACCUCUGUUGAAGACGCAGAUGCUGAAUCCCCACUCCACCGAUCCAGCUCCAAUCCACUCCAAAAUCUCAACAACGGCAACCUCUCACCUCAUCAUCGGAAGAAGAAGAAAGAAAAGAAGAAGAAGACCGCGAAAAAGGUGAUUCCCAAAGAUCCGCCGAUGGAGAAUGGGGAGGUGUUGUGUGAGAACAGAUUGAAUUACCGUACGGGGAGUGUGGUGGAGGACAGCGUUUGUCACAAUAUCGUGUGUGGUUUUGGCGAGUUGAGGCAGAGGAAUGUCAAUGGGAGUGAGGAAGAGGAGGCUGCAGUGCCCCUGAGGGCAGAGGAGGAGGUGAUUGCUGUUGAGCCGCAGCCUGUGGCAAAUGAGAGUGUGGUGACUAAGUUGGAGACGGAUGAGUCAUUGGAUUGGAAGCGGCUGAUGACAGAGGAUCCUAACUAUCUCUUUACAGUGGACAAGUCACCACUGCAAUAUUUCAUUGAAGAAAUGUCUAAUGGAAAUGCACUACGGAACACCACAACACUUGGUAGUGAGAAAGAACGUGAGAGAGUAUAUGAUACAAUCUUCCGGUUGCCAUGGAGAUGUGAAGUGCUCAUAGAUGUUGGCUUCUUCGUUUGUUUUGAUUCAUUUCUGUCAUUGUUAACCAUCAUGCCAACAAGAAUUCUGGUUACACUCUGGAGAUUUCUUACUACAAGGCAGUUCAAGAGGCCUUCUGCAGCAGAGCUGUGUGACUUUGGCUGCUUUCUUGUGCUGGCAUCUGGGGUAAUUCUCUUGGAACUUACAGAUAUCAGUUUGAUAUAUCACAUGAUUCGUGGCCAAGGAACAAUCAAACUGUAUGUGGUAUAUAAUGUCCUGGAGAUAUUUGAUAAAUUGUGCCAAAAUUUUGGUGGAGAUGUACUGGAAACUCUAUUUAAUUCUGCGGAAGGACUUGCAAAUUGCUCUGAAGAAAAAUUGACAUUCUGGAUACGGAGAUUUGUUUCUGACCAAGCGUUAGCUGUGGCUUUCUCAAAUAUCCUUAUAAUGUGGCAAUGAUAUCUUUAUGAGUUCUUUGAAUUUUUCUCUUUCCAUUUGGUUCCUUGACUAUUCUUACUUCUUCAUUCAUUCAUUUUAUUAGCUCAGGCAAUUACCCUAUCAACUUGCAUUGUUGCUCAUAAUAAUGCCUUGUUUGCUUUGUUGGUAUCCAAUAACUUUGCUGAGAUAAAAAGCAAUGUCUUUAAGCGUUUUAGCAAGGAUAAUAUUCAUAGUCUGGUAUACUCUGAUUCAGUAGAGAGAUUCCACAUUUCAGCAUUUCUCCUGUUCGUUUUAGCUCAGAAUAUCUUGGAGGCUGAAGGACCUUGGUUUGAAAGUUUCAUUUAUAAUGCACUAGUGGUUUUUCUUUGUGAAAUGUUGAUUGAUAUCAUAAAACAUUCAUUCCUUGCCAAAUUCAACGGAAUAAAGCCCAUUGCAUACUCUGAGUUUCUAGAAGACCUCUGCAAGCAGACUUUAAACAUACAAACAGAGGAUGGCAACAAAAACCUUACUUUUGUUCCUGUAGCACCUGCUUGUGUUGUAAGCUUUCCCAUUUGCACUUUUCCUUUUGCGUAAACAUGAUAUUUUAUUCUUAAGAACCGGGCCCUUUUUUCAUUUCAUGUUGGAAUAGAAAAUAAUCCUUUAU